AGAAGCAAUCGCUGGCUGCAAAAAAUGAAAAAAAUAUGCAGUAGUCUCGUCAUGAUCACUUCUCUGAUGCCAACAACAACAGUGAUAAUUCUUUACCUCUUUAUAAUAUUUUCUUCUUCUUCUUCUAAUCUUAUGGCUAUGGCGGCAGAUUUACCCAAUUUUAAUAAUAACAUUAGCGCCGACCAGUCUGCUCUCCUAUCCCUGAAAUCCCACGUUACUUCCGACCCUUUUGACAUCCUAAAAAAUAACUGGACGGGGGACACUACUCAUGACAUCGUCUGCAGUUGGGUCGGAGUUACCUGCGGCCUCCGCCGUCGACGAGUCACCUCCCUGGACCUCAAUGGCAUGGGUUUGGUCGGCACAAUUCCCCCGCAGAUGGGUAAUCUGUCGUUCCUCUUACGCCUUGAUCUCUCCAACAAUAGCUUCCACGGGACCCUGCCGGAGGGUAUGUCUGGAUUCCGGCGGCUGAAGUAUUUCAGAGUCGCGUAUAAUGGUUUUGCCGGGAAAGUGCCGCAGUGGCUGGGAAACUGUACAGAGCUUGAACAAAUCUAUUUUCAGAAUAAUAGCUUCUCAGUUGAACUCGUGGUGAAAGGAAUUCCGGAAGAGAUUGGGAAAUUGCAGAAGCUGAAGGUGUUGAAUUUAGAGGUUAAUCAGCUGACGGGCACAAUUCCGUUGUCUCUUUUCAACGUCUCGACCUUACAAGUUAUUGGACUGUCCGACAAUCACUUAUCUGGCGAGCUUCCACCGGAUUUGUGCCAUUAUCUUCCCGACCUGGAAGGCCUCUUCUUGUCUUUGAACCAAUUGGAGGGACCAAUCCCAUCCUCCAUCGGCAGAUGCUCCAACCUUCGGGUUCUUUCUCUCUCGUCUAAUAAAUUCGUCGGCCAGAUUCCCACGGAGAUAGGAAACUUAACCAACCUUCAGGUCAUCAGUAUUAUCACUAAUAGUUUGACAGGUCCAAUUCCACGUGAGAUAGGCAAACUUGUCAAUUUGAAACAACUGAAUCUCAAGCACAAUGGCUUCACUGGACCUAUUUCAAAUGAUAUUUGGAAUUCUUCCUUUCUCAAUUAUGUAGAUCUUACUGACAACAACUUGACGGGUGCUAUUCCAGAGGAACUUGGCAAUCUUCAUAAUUUAGAGAGAUUGCUAUUGAAUAUAAAUAAACUAACUGGUUCUAUACCUGAAUCAAUAUUCAACUCUUCCAAAUUGUAUGCACUUUCAUUGGUCAACAACAAGCUUUCUGGCAAUCUCUCACCAAAUUUAGGCCUUUCGUCCCCCAAUCUUAAACAAUUAUAUUUGGACAUUAAUCAGUUCAGUGGUGUCAUCCCAAACUCCAUCUCCAAUGCUUCAAAUCUCAUGUUUCUAGAUCUCUCUAGAAAUCAGUUCAGCGGUCCAAUUCCUAGCUCACUCGGUGAUUUGAGGCUACUUCAACAUCUAAACUUGCAGGAGAACAAAUUUACUGGUGACCCUUCUUCUCACGAGUUGAAAUUCCUGGUGUCUUUGACAAAAUGUAGGUAUUUAACAAUUCUAUCGAUAUCCGAAAAUCCUCUAAAUGGAAUCCUCCCAUCUUCCAUUGGCAAUCUCUCCACGUCUCUCCAAGGAUUUUAUUUCUAUAAUUCUGGAAUUAAGGGCCACAUCCCUCCAGAAAUUGGUAACUUAACAGGAUUGAAGGCUUUAUCUUUUUACAACAACGAGCUGAACGGCUCACUUCCGGAGACUCUCAAAGAACUAAGGAACCUCCAAGGCUUCAGUGCCUAUAAUAACGAUUUACAAGGACCCGUUCCCAGUUGGCUCUGUGACUUAGGGGCAUUAAGCUUUAUACUCUUACAUGAAAAUGAGUUUUCUGGCACGUUGCCGUCUUGUUUGGCAAAUAUUAGCUCUCUUAGGCAAUUCUAUGUAUCUUCAAAUAGACUAGUUUCCGACAUUCCUUCAAGCAUUUUUAGUCUUCCCGACCUUUUGGAGCUUGGUUUGUCAAAUAAUUCUUUCAGCGGGCAUCUGUCCCCUGAUAUUGGGAACCUAAAGGCUGCUGUAAUUAUAGACAUAUCAUAUAACAAACUCUUGGGAGAAUUGCCGGCCACAAUUGGAGGCCUAACGAACUUGAUUAAUCUUUCUUUAUCAGAUAACAAAUUCCAAGGACCUAUUCCCGAGUCACUUGGCAAGAUGCUGAGUUUGGAAAACCUAGAUCUAUCCGAAAACGAACUUUCAGGUGCUAUUCCCAAAUCUCUGGAGGCGCUAGUUUAUCUCAAGUCCUUUAAUGUUUCUUUCAAUCACUUGAGAGGAGAAAUUCCUUCAAAAGGGCCUUUCCUAAACUUCAGUAAUGAGUCGUUUAUGGGCAAUGAGGCCUUAUGCGGAUCUCCCAUCCUGCAACUGCAAUACCCCUCAUGUUCUCGGAAGAAAAAACAGACCCAUCUUAUUAUUCUAUACGUUCUAUUGCCAAUUGGCGUGGUGGUGGUGUUGUUUAUCGUUUUCUUAGUAAUGCUUAGAACACGGUCUCAACGGUCAAAGAAAAAGAUUGAUCAGCAAGGCAGUCUCCCCUCACCUCUAAAGCCUCUUGAAAGGAUAUCCUACGAUAACCUGUUUCGUGCCACCGAAGGAUUCAGUCACAGCAACUUGAUCGGAGUUGGCGGGUAUUCUUCUGUGUAUAAAGGGCUGCGCAGAGACGGAACCACCAUAGCUGUAAAGGUAUUCGACCUGAGGGUGGAAGGCGGUUUUAAGAGCUUUGAUACCGAAUGCGAGGUGUUGAAAAGCAUUCAACACCGAAAUAUUGUGGGAGUGUUGACUAGUUGUUCUAGACCCGAUUUCAAGGCACUCGUGUUGGAAUACAUGCCUAAUGGGAGUCUUGAUAAGUGGUUGUACUCUCACAACUAUUUCUUGGACACGUUAAAGAGACUAGAUAUAAUGAUCGAUGUGGCUUGUGCUUUGGAAUAUCUGCAUUACGGGUUUAUAAGUCCGUUGGCACACUGUGAUUUGAAGCCUGGGAAUGUUCUUCUCGACCAAGACAUGGUAGGUCACAUAAGUGACUUUGGCAUUUCUAAGCUUUUAAGUGUAGAUGAUAGUAUUGCUCAAACCGGGACACUGGCUACAAUUGGAUAUAUUGCCCCAGAAUAUGGGAGGGGAGGUUUGGUUUCCAUAAAAUGUGAUGUGUACAGCUAUGGAAUCAUGCUUAUGGAAACAUUUACAAGAACAAGGCCAACAGAUGAGAGGUUUGAUGAGGAGGAAGGGGGAGGAUUAAGUUUGAAGAAAUGGGUGAAGGAUUCUUCAGUAGAGGAGAUAAUAGAUGCCAAUUUGGUGAGGAUGGAGGGAAAGAACAUAAAUGGUAAUCUGGAAUGUGUAUCAGCCAUUAUGGAUUUGGCUUUGGCUUGCUCUGCUGAAUCUCCUGGAGAGAGGGUUGACAUCAAACUGGCCCUGAUGACUCUGAGGAGGAUCAGACUGAUGUUUAUUGGGUAACAUUAUGUAAUAUGAUCCAACACUUUGAUGAAUUAUGGUCUGAAAAUAAAAAAUCGAGCAUAAUAUAUGUCAUGCUAAUGUCUUUUUUUCAAGGUACCUAUUUAUGUAAGAGCUUUCUCUAGUGCUUAUUGUAAAUGUGGUGAAAGUGUAUCCAAUUUGGGCAAUUAGGAAAGAAAAUGCCAGAACUAUUUGAAGAUUCAUAGGAUGUCCUAAGUAAUUCAUGUUCUUCUAAUGUUCUA